AGAGAGGGUUUGGAUCAGUGAGCUGCUCAAAUCUUGUGUUGGUUUUUUUUUUUUUUUACCCCUCCCCUUCUCUCUCUUCCACGGGCUCCUAAUUUGGGAUUUGUUUAAAAGCGGGACUGCGCCCCAGGAAGACUUUUCCUUGCUGGGGAAAGGGAACCCUACUCCCUCUCUCUCGCACUAUACACACCCGCACAUACACACUUGCUCCCCAAAAUGUCUGAUUCCACUGUCAACGCUCACUUGGAAGGGAUCAUAUCAGACUUUGAAGCGCUGAAACGGUCGUUCGAGGUGGAGGAGACGGAUUCGUCCACACACCCUUCUCCCCUGUCUCGUCGGACCACUAACCCCCUCCGCUCAUCCACCUCCUCCACGUCCAGCCAGCGCAGCUUCGACCUGAGCUCCCGCAACUCCGACUACUCCUCCACCAGAUCUUCCCCCUCCGAGUCCUCCAACCCACGUUCCCCAAAGACCGGCAUGAGGCGCGUUGAGUUAUCAGGGGGUCGGAACCCUGACACAGCCUCUUCCCGCCGCACAGAAAUUUCUAUUGAGGUCUCCUCGAAGCAGAUCGACAACUCGCCCAGUGCUGGCAUCGCCCGCUUUGGCCUCAAGCGACCCGAGGUCAGCCUGAGCACUCGGAGUACUCCCCUGGACAGCUCCUCCAACUCCGUCUCCAGCUCCACGAACAGGCGGGCAGAGCUGAGCGUGACGCGGCCCAGUGAGCCCCCCGCCCCUCCCAGGAGGAUGGAUGCCCAGCUGUCCUCGGCGCCAGUCUCAAGGAUCCCUGAGCCCCCUCAGAGAAGAGCAGAGCCCCCAUCCCCGAUCCUCGGCCCAGUUGAGGGGGCCCCCAGGAGGCCUGAGAUGCCGGUCUUCAGACAGCCAGAUGGUUUGGUGGCAGGCAGUGCAGUGGAGAACAACAACCACCCACCUCCUGCCCCUAGUGCCCCCCUGCCUUCCCUGGCAGAGCCAAGGGUGGAGAGGGUGCAGUCCCCCGUCACAGAGCCGCCGCCCACAGCCCGGCCCACAAACAGUGAGUACCUGCUCAGUGCCCUGUUUUCUAAACUGACUCUUGUAUGUGUAAAAUAAGUUUCCCAGGGUGAACUAUCUUCAUCGGAGUGAACCG